AUUGCAUUAUCCGCUCAAUACUUGCUUUGUUUCUUAAAUUCAAGAAAAUAAUAUUCAAAUUUGCCAUCAGCAUAAGUUAAUAACACACACAAAAAAAAAACCUUAAUAAACUACUAAUAAGAACCUCCAAAAAAACUAAUAUAGUAGUAUUUAACAAUUAAAAAAGAAACCCAACAAAUCAAUACCUUUGUCAUUUUCUUAACCAAAUAAUCCUUUUCACAAGAUCAAGCAUCUUUCACACAUCAUUAAAUUGUGCAUCUCAAAAUCAAUUUUUUCCCCACAAAUAAAAAUGCACAUCCCUAAUUCUUCUUUGUUUCCACUUAUUAUUGUUGCACUUCCACUUCUCUACUGGACUUUCAACUUUAGAAAACAAACAAAACUGGCUUUUUAUGUCCAUGAUUAUUUAAGUGGACAUGACACAUCUGCAAUAACUGUGGCUGGUAAAGAGGGGCCACAAACAAGUGUACUUUCUUUUGGUACAAUUAUUGCUGUUGAUGAUCCAGUAACAGAAGGUCCAGAUCUAAACUCAAAAUUAAUUGGUAGAGCCCAAGGAAUGUAUAUAAAUUCACAAUUGGAUGGUAAGGGACUACAUUUGAUGUUUUCUAUUAUUUUUACUGAUGGGAUAUAUAAAGGGAGUACUUUGGAGAUUCAAGGUGCUGAUUUAUUUGCAAUGAACGAAAGGGAAUUUUCAAUUGUGUCUGGAACUGGUUAUUUUAGAUUUGUUAGAGGGUAUGGUAUAAUGACUACUCACUUUAUUGAUAUUCCUAAUUUGAAAGCUAUUCUUAAGCUUGAUGUUACUGUUAAGCACUAUUGAAUUUAUUAUUAAAGUGUUGGAAGUAUUGAAGGGUGUGCAUUCAGUUUUUC